AUGACUCCGAGUGCGCGCUCGACUUCCAGGACGGCGAGCCCAUCCCGUACAGGAUGUACCGCCGCCGAUGGAUCGGCGUCGUCGCUAUAAUGAUCCUCAACCUCGUCUCGGGCCUCUCCCUCGUGUGGUUUGGUCCCAUAGCGACAGACGUCGUCGACCAGUUCGGGUUCACGCUCGACGGAGUCAACUGGCUCGGCAACGCCAUCAACAUCGUCUACCUGCCAUUCUCCGUCGUCGUCCUCUUCGUCUACGCGCGCCUCGGCGUCCGCCGCACGUGCUACAUCGGCGGCGUCCUGUUCGUGCUCUCGGCGUGGAUCCGCUACGCGGGCACGGCGACCGGGCUGAGCUCCGGCAGCGCGUACGCGCUCAUCCUCGUCGGCCAGAUCAUCGCGGGCAUCACGCAGCCGAUCUUCCAGGUGCUCAUUCCCGGGUAUUCCGAGAAGUGGUUCGACCUCCGCGGGCGCACAACCGCAACGAUGCUCAUGUCGAUAGCGAACCCGAUCGGCAAUGCUCUGGGGCAGCUCAUCUCGCCGCUCGUGGGCACCCCGCGCGAGUCCAUCCUUGUGAUGGGAAUCAUAUUCAGCGCGGCGACGCCGUUCGUUUUCAUCAUCAGCGAUACGCCGCCGACACCGCCGACGCACUCCGCCUCGCAGAAGAACCCGUCGUUCGUGUCGUUCAUGCGCGCCAUUGCUGGACGCGAGCCACGCGAACGGCCAACGUACAUGUCGCUACGCGAGCGCUUUGAUUUCGCCAUUCUGACGCUUGCAUUCGGCGUCCUUGUUGGCGUGAUCAACUCGUUCGCGAUAUUGACUGCACAAGACUUCGAGCCGUAUGGCUACACGGACGACAUCGCGGGGCUGUUCGGCGCAACGAUUCUCCUUGUGGGCAUCGUCGCCGCCGCGGUGACCGCGCCGCUCUUCGACCGCGUCUUCACGCACCACCUCGCGCUGACGUGCAAGCUGCUGUGUCCCGUGCUUGGCGCCGCGUGGCUGAGCCUGAUCUGGGCAGUGCGUGCGAACGACACGGGCGGGUUGUUCGCGAUCAUGGCCGUCAUCGGUGCGACGAGCCUCACGAUGCUCCCCGUCGUGCUCGAGCUCGUCGUCGAGCUGACGCGCAACGCGGACGCGAGCUCCGCGAUACUCUGGGCUUCGAGCAACUUGUUUGGGGUCAUCUUCGUCCUCGCUGAAGGCGCACUGCGCGCCGGCCCCGACGCGAGCCCACCGAAUAACAUGUAUCGCGCGCUUAUCUUCCAGGGUGUCAUGGUUUGCGCCGCCAUCGUGUUCGUGUUCUUCCUGCACGGUGUGCAGACGCGCCGCGCGCUAGACGAGCGCAUCGCCCGCGAGGCCGAAGCGCGUUCGCCGCGUUCGCCCCAGACGCCGCGCUCGCCCCAGACGCCGCGCUCGCCCCAGACGCCGCGCUCGCCCCAGACGCCGCGCUCGCCGCUCUCUCUCCGCUCCCUUCAAUUUCUCCGCACGCCCCGUACACCGCGUCCGCCAAAGACACCACAUUCUCCAAAUAUACCACAUCCGCCAAAGGCCCCGCAUUCCCCUCGCAGCCACUUUACGCCCGGCAUGCCGCACCGGCCACAGCCCGAGCACACAUACGGUGUGCCAAGGGGGGCGAGCCCGAGCGAGGACGGGAGUGACGUGAAGGAAGCGGAGCGCGUGAGCGAGCGGACCGUAUCCGUUGACGGGGCGGAGCAUGCGAUAGAAUUACGGACGAGGUCCAAUACGGCGCGGACGGACUCGACGUAUGUGGCAUAGUAGCGGAGCGAUGUCGCGCCUA